AUGUUUUCAGACCAAUAUCAAGGUAUUGUACUAAUAGAAGUCAUAGAAGAGGAUAUAGACGUCAUCCAUCAUGGAAGAACUAAUCACACUAUAAAUGCUGAAGACAUUGAUACACAUUUUUGUGACAAACAGUUUGAACAGUUUGAUCGCCAUGAUCAUGAUAAUAGUACACUCCUUGCAUCAUACUUGAAAAAUCAAUUCAAUAGGAUACCAAAUGACAAUGAUGAGAAUUCUCAUAAAAGGCAAAUAUUUAUUACAUUGAGUGGACACCUUUGCUGCAGAGUAAAGGAUCAUUUCAACAAGUUGCGAGAGUCUGCAGAAUUUGCUGAUGAAAGGAUGACUAUGGCUCAAUUUCAUGAGUAUUUAAGUAGAAAAGGAGAGGAAGAUGGUAAUAUUGAUAUGACAAAUGAUACGAAGCUUGAAGAGGAAGAUAUGCAGGACGACAUUCCAAACUCAUUCCAUCAACUGACAGAUGGUUCUAACCCAGAGGGUAAACACCUAUCGAGAGAGGAAUAUCGGGAAAUCAGCAUCAGGAAAUACCCAGCAUUUUGUUACAAUCGUGAUGAAAUUUAUGACUUAUUUCAACAAUAUGAAAAGAAAAAGUCCCAUUAUUCUGACUAUGACUCAAUAGAUAUGGCUAUUGCUAUUUUACGUUGUGCCAAAAAAGAACCACUUGGUGGACUGCAUAUUCAUGAACUAUACAUUGACGAAUGUCAGGACAACAACAUGGUAGAUUUAUCACUUAUUUUAAAACUUUUUGAGCGUGCUGACAGCAUUUUUUUGGCUGGAGAUAUAGCACAAUGUAUUGCAAGGGGCUCGUCUUUCCGAUUUGAAGAACGAUUUGUAAUGAAUAUUAACUAUCGCUCACACAAUGGAAUCCUUAAACUUGCUUCAUCAGUGAUUGACCUUAUCUCUCGCUUUUUUCCUGAUUCCAUUGACCGGCUGCCACAUGAAUCUGGCGAAGUUGGUGGUCCUCAACCUAUUGUUAUCCACAAUAUUGAGGCUGAACCAUUCUUAUCUCAUGUCUUUUCUGUGGCUAAAAAUGUGGCAAAUAAUAUCGAAUUUGGCGCUGAGCAGGUCAUCAUUGUACGUGAUGAUGAAACUAGGCAGCGAGUGACGAAAAUAAUUGGUGAUGAUGAUGUUGUAUUAGUGUUGACAGUGUUUGAGUCCAAGGGUAUGGAGUUUAACGAUGUGGUGUUGUAUAAUUUUUUCACCGAGUCACCUGCACAAUUAGAGUGGCGAGCAAUCCAUCCUGCUUUUAGCGGUCAUUCAAAAGGAGUUCAACCCUUUUCCCAUGAAAAACAUUACAUCCUUUCCUCAGAGCUCAAGCAUCUUUAUGUUGCAGUGACAAGAGCACGGCAGAAAAUUUGGAUAUAUGAUGAAAACUCUGAAUGCAGUGGGCCGAUUCGUAAAUAUUGGAAGCACCACGAGCUGGUCAAAGUAAUUGAUAAUAUUAAAGUCUUGCCUUCCUUGGCUAAGAAAAGCAAUUCAUAUGAAUGGAAUCAAAAGGGAAAGGGUUUUUUUGGACAAAAGCGAUACGAACAGGCCAUUUUCUGCUUUAAGAAAAGCGGAAACAAAGAGAACCGCAAACUAGCAGAAGCAUAUCAUCUUCGGCAGAUUGCCAGGACUUCUAUAUAUGGUUCUGAUGAAGCCACUGUGAAUCACAAUUUCGAAUGUGCUGCUGAGGCUUUCAAGAACUGUUUACGACCAGUUCAAGCAGCUUCAUGUUAUCAGGAUAUAAAUAUGCAUGGAAAAGCUGGCGAUGUUUAUGAAGAGUUUGAUAUGUUCGAGUUUGCUGCUAAUUGUUACCUUAAAGCCAAAAAAUGGGACAAAGCGGGUAAUAAUUUUCAAAAGGCAGAGAAGUAUACUGAAGCUGUUAAUGCCUAUAAAAAUGGAUUAAUAGAGAUUUUAGAUUUCGAUAAGAUUGAUUUUAGUAAAGAAUAUUUUCAUAGCAAUAAUCAUGUAGUUAUCUGCAAAAAAAUAUUUACUGAGGAACAUGAUGAUCUGACACUUGUCCAAAUUAUUUUAACAAGAUACAAACAAGAAAUUGAUGAGAAGACAUUUAACCGUAUUUCCCGUCUUGUCAACAUUCAUUAUCGUCGGGAAAAUGACAAAGAGAUGAGUGAAAAGGCUCUUGAUAUUCUUCCUACAGAAGAGGAAAGAAUGGAGCUACUACGAGACCAUGCACCAGAAGAGCUCUUGAAAGUUUAUGAGAAGGGUGGUCAGUAUUUCUCUGUUGUUAAAGAACUAUGCUCACGUGGAAAGUUUGAAGAAGCAGCUGAUAAGAUCAUUGGCUUGAAAGAUAUCAACUCAAAAGACACCAUUGAGGCAUUAAAGCAUUUCUUACCCCUAUUUAGGGUUAAUAUAAUAAAAGAUACAAUGACAAAUACAAAUUCCAAACAUGAAGUGAAUAAGCUCCUUGCCAAGGCAAGUGAUUUUGUCAAGAAAUUCAAAUCACAAUCAUUGAAAAAACCUGAGGAGUGGAGAAAUUUUAUGAAGGAGUUUCAAUUAUACUCAGCUUAUUUAGAUGAGGAUCUUGAUACUGUUCAUAAAUGUAUACAAUUUUUUAGAAGUAGCAAAGAGCUUGUUGCUGAAUUUUGUGCAGUAAAUAUAUUUCUGCAAAUUACACCUCAAUCAGCACAGUAUUUGAAUGAAAGAUUGCAAUGUCUGUUAAGGCUAUGUGAAUUGACUUUUCCUUUUAUAGCGCCACAUCAAAAUGCUGACAAUAUUGAAAAAAUCUGCAAGGAUUUUGAAGAUAUCUUUUUUGUAAAUGAAGUUGAGAAUCGUCCACAUGAACGGAAAAUUUUUUUAGACAAUCCACUUCUUCAUAUACAGGAUGAAAUUCAUCAUGAAAUCAUAGAUGAUUGGCAUGUUUAUGAAGUGGAUGUUUUUCACCUGAAAAUGAAGCAAUUCCUUGCUUCACACAUCUUUGAGCUCAUCUGUGAGGUUGACUAUGGAAAUUAUUAUAUUCCAGAUGUAAGUUCACACAUCUGCCACUUUUUUGCAUCCUGUCAAAAAUCAGAUUGCAGAAACCAUCAUGUAUUUCCAACACCACUAAUUCUACACCAACGUUUGAAACUUGCAAGUCUUAAUUAUACUGUUAUUCGACAGUUGGAUGUAAUAUAUCAUCAUCAUGAGCUACUUAGAGAAGAUCAGAGUGAAAUGGUUCUUGGGAUACAGAGACGGUGGGCUGAAAAACUUGUUAAAUUUCACAUUCGUUAUCAAUCACCACAGAUAAGCUGCCCAGAAAUAACUCAAAUGGUACUCUCAGAGCUUCCUAAACACACACGUUCUGGAUUUAUCAGCCUUGCACAAAAUGUAUGGUUGUUUGUAGAUUGUGUGAAUGCUAACAACUUUGCAGUUAUGUUAAAAUCCAUGUUUAUUUUGCAACAGCUGAAAGACAAAUGGUCUGUUGAUAAAUUUUAUUGGGAGAUGUCAAAAACAAUAAAGCUUUCCUACUCUUAUGAAUUACCCAUUGGUUUUGAGGGCUAUGGAUAUCACCAAGCAAUUCCAGUUGGAAGGCGACUUUCAUUAUUCUUUGAUAAUCUCUAUAAAAACAGAAUUUUAAGUCCAUUCCUACUUAAUACGUUGCCAUGCUGA